AUGCCAUGUGUCAACCGAGCCAGCCCGGAGGUGGAGGAGGAGGGCUCCACCAGUCGGCAAUCUGGUAGACACCAGAAGCCCAUAAGAGGAAGUGACCAAGCCAUCCUUAUGGCGCUUGAUUAUCGGAAGGAUUUCCUUGAAAGUAUCAAACUCGGUGAAGCCCUAAAGGAUGAAAGGGAUAAAGUACUUUCUAAGCUGAAGAUUGUUCGUUCAGAAUGCAAAAAGUUAACAAAGGAAAAUGAAAAUUUGAAGCAAGAAAUUGGAUUUCUAGAAUGUGAGCUUAAGGAAAAAGAUGAAAUUAACACAUUUAUUUCUUUAGAACAGGCUGAACUGGAAUACAAGACAAAGCAGCUAAGUCAGCAGGAAGACAUGAUUUCUGAAUUACAGAAAUCGGGCUCACAUAAUGUUUCUGAAUGGAACGAACUGUGUAUUGAGCGAGAUAAUCUUCUUCAAACUCAGAGAAAUUUGAAAGAAGAACUUGAGAAUACCAAAAAUAUUGCAUCUGAUGAGCUGGAAUCACUGAAAGUGAAAUUUGAGGAGCAAAAGGCGAUUUUGUUGCAGCUCAAAGAUGAUUAUGCACAUACAGUAAAUGAAAGUGAUCAUCUCCAAAAUAUAUUACAAGGGGCUGUAGCUGAGAGACAUGUCCUCCAAUCAAAAGUUGAAGCUCUUACUCUGCAGAUAAAACAGGUGGCUGAUGAAUUGCAGUUAAUUACGACUGAGAGAGAUCAGCUUUUGCGUCAGAUUAAUGAAUCUUCUGAGAGGCCAGAAUUUGAAAAGAUGCAGCAACAAAUCUCUUUGCUGACCUUUGAGAAAAAUGAUCUUUGUAGAAACUUGGAUCAAGUGCAAGCUGAACUUGCCCAACUAAUAAAAAGCACAAAGGAAGAGUCGCCAGAGAUAUGA